AUGCAUGUAGAGACGGCGACGCAAAGAAACCUUCCUCCAAACCAGGAUCAGAGUAAGAGGUCAUCAGCCUCACCUGGUGGUGGUCACCCGGUGAAGCAGAUGCAUAGCAGCCUCGCCUGUGGGAAUUCCGACUCCUGUGAAUGGAAGAGCUGCAUGUUAAAGGGAUUUUUAUUUCUAUUUGUGCAGGUUGAGCAAGAUUUUACAUUGAUGUUUGGGGAAGCCAUCUCUGCAAAGUUCCUGGAGAAGUGGCCCACUGUCUACAAGCAGAAAGUCCUCAAACAAAGUCGUGGUCUCACACAGUCUGAUGACCUUAAGAACCUUCUUGACAAUGCUGAAGGCACAACAGAAGAGGAAAAUGGAUGGGACAUUGACAUGCCAUCCAUUUUGAUCCUAGUGCACCUCCUGCCACCGUCACCUCAUGGGCGCAAGAGACCAGGAAAACUCUCAGCCAGACAAGCCAGUGAACAUCUUGUGAAGUUUGUCAAGACAGGAACCAGCAUCCAGGAGCACCUUGAUGGCAUCGCAGAAAGCCGUCAACCAUACCUGCUUGCAGUAGGGACUCAGAGGAGCGUGAUUCACAAGUACUUCAUUGUGAUUGACAAACAUGCCAUACCUUGUAAAUCACAAGGUUCUCUUGCCUGUUUUGAUGAGCUUUUUAAAGCUCACUUUGUGUUCGGCACUUCAUAUGAUCAUAAUCUGGUCAAUGUGUACAACUUUCUGCAGACCGCCAUUUAUGAGAUAGAUGUUGAGACAACCAAAGAUUUUUGGACACGGUUUGAAAAUGCUAAGACCCAGUUUUCAGCUUUUGACGUCGAGAAACUGACUGACAACUCCCUGAAAACGGUGAUUGUCAGGAUGUUCAAUGAGACUGUCAGUGCUGAAGACAUUUGUAUGUGGCUGGGUAGAUACUGCACUGUGAGAGGCCAGGCUAUGAAGGUGCGGGAUGUGGACGGCAUCUGGAACUGUGCUUGGCGGGUCCCCAUUAAACAAUGGGAAGACCCCCAAGGCUUCCAGGGCCUGAAGCAUCUCCCCUCAAUGAUAGUCCUGGGGGAGAACAGAGGCUACAUUCACUAUUAA